AUGCAAAUGGAUGAGAGCAAUAAAACUAAAAAGAAUGAUUAACCUAUUUUAAAGGAAACAUCCAAGAAUAGAAAUGUAUUAAUAUCAUUUAUUGUCAAAAGAUAAUUAAUAAAUUACAAGGAAAUCCCUCUAGAUUAUAAGGUCUAAAAGAAAGUUUCAAGUACUUCACAUUAUUGAAAAAGAAUCAAUAUUUAGAAAGAAAACAAUUUCGAGUAAGUAGAGAUGAAACUCUAGUAUGCUCUUGUAUUUGUUGUCCUGAAAAUCAAAUUGGAAGGUACAGGAUUAUAUUAAAUUUAGUCGUAUCUAAGGACCUUAAUAUUCGUAUAAUUGCGGUGAUAGAUGUUUAAAUAAAUUUACAUGUACAGAAUGUGAUGUAGAACUGUGUCCAUGUGCAGAAUUAUGCAAGAAUAGAAGAUUUUAAAAGCACGAGGAUGCUUGUGUGUAUCCACUUAAAUGUGGAGGAAAGGGAAUGGGUUUGUAUGCUGGUGAACGCAUAUAAAAAGGAUAAUUUAUAAUGCAAUAUAUUGGAGAGAUUUUCUAGAUAAAUAGUGCUUUAGGGAGAAGAAGAGUGCAAGAAUAUUCGGUUUGAAUUGUGUGUUUAUUUAGAAAUCGACAUGUACAUAUUUAAUGAAACUGAAUAACUAGGAAGUUAUUGAUCCAACAUCAAAAGGUAAUUUGGCAAGAUUCAUUAAUCAUUCAUGUGAACCAAAUUGUAUAACAGAGAAAUGGAAUGUAUUAGGAGAAGUCUGUAUUGGUAUAUUUGCAAAUCGUGAUAUAAAUGAAGAUGAAGAAUUAACAUUUGAUUAUUAAUUUGAUGUUUUUCAUACACCUUUAACAAAAUGUUUAUGUGGUGCAAAUAAAUGUAAAGGUUAUUUAGGAUUGAAACCAACUGAUGUUACUUAAGAAGAAUGGGAAGAGCAUUUGGAAAAUAUGGUAUGUAAAAUAUGUUAAACUAAAACACCAUAAGAUGAUGAAUAAUUAUUAUUAUGUGAUAAAUGCAAUUGUGGAUUUCAUUUAUUAUGUUUAGUACCUCCAUUAGAAUCAGUACCUAAAGAUGCUUGGUAUUGUUAAGAGUGUUAAGAUGAAAAACGUAUUUUGGAAGAAUAAGAAAAAGAUAAAACAAAUAUAGAUAGAAUUUAAUAAAAGAAAGCUAAAAAUUAUAAUAAUGAAAAAAAGUAGAAAAAGAAAAGAGAAGAACUUUCAUCUUCAUCAUGUAGUGAUUCUGAUAGUGAAUAUGAUAAUAGAUAUAAAAUGAUGAAGAUUUUAGAAAAGCAAACUGUUAGAGAAUAUUUGUCACUCAAAUAACCAUAAUAAUAUCUAUCAAUUAGAUAAGAUGAAGAAUUAAAAAAAGAUGAAGAUAAUCAAAUUUCAGAAAUACAAGUAUCUAUACCAGGAACAUCUUAUUUUAAAAAUGAUUAAUUUAUUAAAUCAUCUAUUGAGGUUUAACCUUAAGAUUCUGGAAAAUUAUAAUAAAUGCAAUCUAUUGUAGAUGUUGCUUAAUAGAAAUUUGAAGAAUAAUAUAAAGAGAAAUUAGAAUUACAUGAAUAAAUUGAAGCUAUUCAAUAAUAGAAUAUUCUAAAUAUUGAUAUGAUUAAGGAAUGUUUUAAAAUUAAUAUUUUAGAAUAGAAAGUAGUCAAAAAGAAUGCUUAAUUAAUUUAUAAAAUUGGAAAUAAGAUCAGUUUUGAAUAGAUUGAUUAAUAAUUUGCUGAUUUCUUUAAAAAGGAAAAUAAUCUUACUGUAAUAGGAUCUAUAUAAUAAAUUAAUAUAUUUAGAUCUAUAUUAAAUAUGGUAGAACAUAUUAUAAAAGAAUUAAAAAAAGAACUUGGAAUUAUAGAAGGAUAGAUUAAAGUUCCUAUUAUUUAUUUGAAAAGAUUAAUAAAUAAAUUGUAAUUAUUAUUAAUAUUAUUAUUUUAGUAAUAGUUUAGAUAAUAAAUAAGAAGUCAAUAUUAUAUAUAAUAAAUCAUUAGCACAUAGUGAGGAAAUAUUUCCAAUGGAUAAAGCAACUCCUAUUAAAAUUAAAGGAUCUAAAUAAAAUAUAGAAUAAACAGUUUCUGAAAUUAGAAAUACUUUAAAAACUUUAUGUGUUUAAAGAUUAUAUAUUAGUAGAAGUGAAACUAAAUAAGUUUAAUAAAAUAUGUUUUAAUUGAAAUAAAAUGCUGAAAUCAGAAUUUCAAGAGAUUCUGUUUAUAAUGCAAGAGGAGAAUAAACAUAAAGAGAUAUUAAUCAUCCUUUUUUUUAUAUUUAAUAUAGAGAAAAAGAAGUUUGUUUAAUAGGAACAUUAUAAUAAAUAUAAGAAACAAGCACUGCAAUUAAAAAAUUAUUAGAAUAAGAAGCUAAUAAUGAAAAAGAAAUGACAUACUUUACAGUUUUAAUAUCUCCAUAAUAUAAAGAAUCUUGUAAAUAAGUUAAAUAAAUAAUUGAAAGAAGUUCUUCAUCUACAAAAGUUCUACUUUUUGAAGCUUCUCAUCCUAGAAAGAAUAUGACUAUACUGGUACUAUGUUUAAGAAAUUAAAUUAUUUAAACUAAAUAAACUUUUUCAGAUUUAAUUUAUUAACAAUGUUAAUUAAAAUUAGAUUAGUUUUAAGAUUAAAUGUCUAUGUAAAUGUGUAGAUAUGUAUUUAAAUAUCUUUAAAAUACUAUGAUGACUAAUGAUAUGGCAUUUAUGAAAAAUUGGGAUCUUAUAACUCCUUAUUUUUAUUAAUUCAAUAUUAUGAAAUAUAGAGAAUCAAAAUUUGAAAAUUGGUUUGUAAAAAGAUGUUAUUCUUCACUAUUAAGAGAUUAUGAAACAUAAUUAUAUAUAUAAUAUUGUUUAGGUAAAGAAAUCUAAAAGAAUUUAACAGAUCAUGAGUAAUUUUUAAGAAAAAAGAAUUUAAUUCAAUUAACAAAAAAGAUUCUUUAGGCUAUUUUAGGUUUUAAAAGAUAUCCUUCUGAUUAAAUAACAUUAGAUAGUGGAUAAUAAUAAGAUACUAUAAAGAGAUUUAAUAAUUAAUAAGAAGAUGAUAAUCUAAAAUUACCUAAUUUAUAAUUGAUAACUUUGAAUCCUUAAUAUACAUCUAUAAAUAAAAAAAGUGAUAUAAAAAAGGAAAUUAGUGAAAGAAGUUAAUCUAGUUCAAGUAAAUAUUAAAAAAAGUAAAGUAAUUCUGAAUCAGAAAAAAGUAGAGAUUUCUCUACUAGAUAAAAACAUAAAUAUCAUCAUCAUCAUCAUCAUAAAUAUUAUAAUAAUAAUUAAAAAAGUCCAACUGAAAAAUAUAUUAGACACAAAUAUGAUAAAAAUGAUUAUUAUGAUAAACAAAAAUCAAGACAUAGAUAUUAAUAUCAAAAAUAAGAUAAAUCUAGAGAUAUAAAUAAAAGAUAUUAUGAUGAUGAUCUAUCUAAAAAUAGAUUCCAUAAUAAAAAAAGUAUUUAUAUUUUUCUUUAUUUUAGGAUCAAGUAGUGAAGAAUCUGAUAAAUCACAAGAAUAAAGAAGAAAAAGAUAGGAAUCUGUAGAUUCUGAUAAAUAUAAAAAUAAUAAAUAUUAUAGUGGAUUUCAAUAUCAAAGAAGACAUCCUAAAACUAAUAAAUAUGAUUAUGAAAGUAGAUAUAAAUUACAAUAAUAGAAUCUUCCAAAAAUUUUGAAAUCAAAGAUCGUUCUCGCUAUUAAAGUAAAGAUCGAUCUCGUUCAAAGUAGAGAAAUAAAUCAGAAAGUAGUGAUAGCUAUAAAAGAAGAUCUACUCAUAAAUCAAAAAAAUACUCUAGGAAAUAUUGA